GCAAAAGAAAAAUACCCAUCAACAAAGAAUACCUAUAAAAUUAAUGUUAAUACUUCUCUUAUAGCAAACCAGCAAAAAAUCCUACAUCAAUUACAAAAAAAAUGGCUACAAUUCAAUUGUGUAAGCCUGCUCAAGUUAGUUGUGAUCAAACUAAAAACCUGAAAACCGGGCAAAACAAUGAGAAAAAACUUCACUUCCACUUCUGGCAGAAGCAUGGGAAUGAGAAGAAAAAUGAGCAAGCAACUAACAAGCAUCAAAACGAUGUUGGACACCCUAAUUACAAGCAUGUGACAUUUGAGCACAAAAAUGAGCAUGGGCAAGCUGCCAAUAAGCCGUGCCACGAUGUUGGACACCCUACGCAAGGGAAUACCGAGGUCAAAGUUGUGCAUGGGCAAGCGCAAGGGCAAGCUGCUAAUAACAAGCAGCAUCACGAGGUGACUACGAGUAACCCUAGGAGUCACAAGUUAAGGCAGUGCUUCGGCCAUGGGGCCGCCGGCCUUGCAGAUUCGGACGUUGAUGAGGAAACAGAAACAAUUGUUAUUGAGAGGAAAAUAAAAGAAAGGGUGGUCAUUAGCCAUGUUAAGAAGUGUCAUGAUCACAAGGAAGGAUCCAAGCAUUUAGACAGAUGCUAAUUUGUGGAUGGAGUUGCUGAGGAUUAUAAACAAGCCAAAGUAUUAAUAUAUUGAGUGAAAGUUUGUACUUUUUUUUAUCUAAUGAAUUUGCACUGUGUUUGUAAUGUUAUCUUUUUCAAUACAAAAUAAAUAAUACUCAUA